AUGCAGGACGCCUGGACGGCUCACAAGGCCGAGGAGAUCCUAGAGUACGCGGGCCGCAAUGAGUGGGAAGACGUCUUCGCUGUGAUCACGGUUGUCUACGGUGCCACAAUCAAAGUAACUGCUCCUCUUCCCAGCGCCAGCGGAACUAUUCCACUCACUGAAAAAGCACAAAUUCUAAAACGCUGGGCCAGACACUUCGGAAGUAUCCUCAACCGCCCUCCACCAUCUCCGUAG